AUGGCCCACAACGAGAAACCCCCUGUCGAGCCGACUGAGCAGGUUGAGCAGGCUGAGCAGCAGCCCGAUGACAGCGACAAGGCAAGCCCCGCGCCUUCGCAGUGCCAGGUGCCGACAACGCUCCAGGCGACGGAUCGUCUCGUUGGACGAAUUGAUCGAUUGAUAUCCACCGCCGCCGGCGAAGAACGAGCCUUCGCAGCAAUCAGCUACCUCUCCCACGCCCUACACCACUUCCUCGGCUCUGCGCCAGGAAUCGCAAUCCAAACCCGCCUAGGCCUCCUCGCGCGUCUGCGAAACCUCACAGAAAAGGCCCCUACCACAACACCAACACCAACACCCACACCCUCAUCCUCCCGCCUCCUCGCGCUCUCCUCCCUCUGCUCCGAAACCCGCUACACACUGCGCCUCUUCGGUCUCGUCCCGCUGUGGACCUGGGGCUCGCAAACCCUCAAAUCACCCCCCUCAGACCGCCUCAUCUACUCCCUUACCCUUCUCCAAGUCAUCGCAAACGUCCUCUACCAGUCCCUCGAGAACGUCGGCUACCUGGCCUCCAAGAACAUCGUCUCGAAGCGCUUCGUGGACCGCUGGGGCGGGGUCGAUAAGUUCUAUCUGUGGAGCACGCGCGCGUGGUUCGGGCAUAUCGUGCUGCAGUUCGUGAUGUUGUGGAGACAGCAUGUGCUGAGGAAGGCCAAGGCGGCGCUGAUGUCGGAGGAGAAGAAGGAGGAGGUGUUGGCGGGGGAGGUUAGGGCGUGGAAGAAGAGUCUUGUGAAUAAUUUGUUUUGGGCGCCGUUGGCGCUGCAUUGGAGUUUUGAGAGGGGGAUUGGGGUUCCGGGGAGUGUGACUGGGGCUGGGGGGUUUAUGGCAGGUGCUUGGGGGUUUUGGGAUCUUUGGGGGUCGACUUUGAGUUGA